AGGGGUUACAUUCCUGUUCUGCCCAGAUGCUUGAGGUGGGAUAUGCAGGACGGCCGGGAUAGUUUGAGAAUUAUUAACGUCGCCCGGCCUCCCCUUUCAACCACAGUGUAACUCUCUGAAUUUAACGGCAGACUUUUAGCGCACCCUUCUCGCGAGCGGAGACCUUUGGUGAAGUUUGAGUAUCCAAAGAAGCCCUUCUAGUCGUCAUGUCUUCUGCCGCUGCUGGGCAGCCGCCUGAUGGCGUGGACGCGGACUUGCAGCACCCAAAAGACGUCCUGAAAACCGUCAACCUCGUCACACAAGUUUUGACGCUGGUCAUCGUGACUACCUUCGUGGCCAUCCGGGGCAUUUCGAAGUACAGGGCGGCGGGAUUAGGAUUCACGAUUGACGACUACUUAACGUUCACCUCAUGGAUUCUCAUGGUUGGUUACUGCCUCUGCGGAAUCUUUUUAAGCGUAUACGGCGGCGGCUAUCACAUCUGGGAAGUUCCAUUAGCACACAUAACACCCUUCUACCAAACCGGCUAUGCAGCCACCAUCUUCUAUGCCCCCAUGGCCCUCUUCGUCAAACUCAGCCUCCUCACCAUAAUCGCACGCGUGUUCUCGCCCUACAAGAAAACCGUCAUCGGCAUCUACAUCCUCGACGGCCUCCUCGUCUGUUACUACGUCGCCGCCCUGAUCAUCAAGAUCCGCAUCUGCUGGCCCAUCUCGGCGUACUGGACCGGCGACACGAGCAAGUGUCUCGACCAAGCGGCGGUUAUAACGGCGGACUCGAUUAUAAGCGUCAUCAGCGAUGCGAUUAUCCUGGUGUUGCCGCUGCCGCUGACGUGGUCGCUGCAGCUGCCGCGAAAUAAGAAGCUGAGAGUGGCGGGUAUGCUGUGCGUGGGUGGGCUGGCCACCGCGUUUAGUGCAUGGCGCUUGCAUCUCAUCCUCACCGACGGAAAGUCGCCUGACACGACUAUUGUCUUUACACAAGUCGUUUUAUCUGGCAACGCCGAAGCCGGCAUCGGCCUAAUCUGCACCUGUCUCCCCGCCGUCGCCGCGCUCCUCAGGAAGGCCAAAGCGCGCACCGGCUACGGCACCUCAUCGCGCACCUACGGCCUUCGCAACGACAUCUCUUCCCACAAGCUAUCCACGCUCAACUCCUCGCGUGUCGGCAAAGACCGCGCGCAUUUCAACAAAUUAGAGGCCGGGUCGGACGAAGCGGGGCUGGUGACGCAUGCGCAGGGAAGAGGGAGCCUGGAUACGGACUUCCGCCUGGGAAAUGGCAUCAUGCGCAAGGUGGAGGUUACGACGAGUGUGAGUUAUACGGGCAGUGGGAGUGAGGAUGGGGAGAGUCGGAAGACGGGCAUGAAUUAGGAAGGGCCUGAGUACGUGUUAAACAAAGCGGCGACGCAUACACUUCGAGAAAAGGUACUGUACAUGAUAAACGGGAAUAGACAAUACGUAGAAAAGACUGGGUUCUAGCGUG